UCUCUCUGGUGUGUCGUUGGAUGUUACCGGCACACCAACUGAUAAGACUUCACACAUACGAAAGUGUGAUAGGAUGAAGAUCUUUCCAUUGGUUUGCUUGGUUGCUGCGUUCAGCCUAGUAAAAACUGAGUACAAGUGUAUCUGUAACGCGAAUCAUCCAAACGUGCCUAUCAGGAAAUGUCCGUCCAUUCAGUCCCCUGUAAACGGGUUUCUGUAUCUGAAAGAGGCCAACAACCACUUCCAUGGGAUCGUUGACACAUCUCCAGCCACGUGCAGACCAAUCAGAACAGACGUGAAGACUAUUCCAGAGUGGGUCGCUGUAGACGAGGGUAACCAAGUCGGAUUUAUAUUCAAAGACGUCGGUUUGCUGGCAAUAAGCUGUCCCGGUAACCACACACUGAGAAAAGACGUUACAAUACCGACGGACUGUUCUGAAGCUGUACAUAUAAUUCCACAAGGAAGCGAACAUUUUGCACCUAUAACAAACGCACCAACAGCCCCUGCAGGAAUAUCGACAACCUUAAGUAGACUCGCAACCUUAAACAUGCAUACGACUCCAAGUACUACGAUAGUGCCAACGACAUCGACGAUGAAGCCGCUUUCGCACCUGCCGACAUGUCGAGAUGAUAUCAUCUUUUCCUUGGCUCUUAAUGAGUCAGUGGAACACUAUGGCGCCAAAAGAUGCCCGGAUGGGUUACCCGUUUCCGCGGAGGCGGUGGUAAUGGAGUACUGCGGAAUCCCGGUGAUGUCACAGUGGAAACAGGGCAUCAAGGUUAUAGACAACUGUGAUCUGAUACCACGCUUCACGCCUGUGGCCGUCUAUAUCAGCGGACUACUCAUGGGGAGGUCGGCUGUCUUCCACUCAUGCCAAAAUGGUGGAAUAGAGCUAAUACAACAGAGGUGUGGUUCUCCGAUUGCGUUGCACCUUGAACACCGCCUCGCAGCCUUUUAUUAUGUACUCACAUGGACAUGAUAGUGUACCUGGAAAUAAAGACUUGUGUUACACGAUG